UGACAACUUAAACCUGAGUCCUGAUAGCAUUUGUUAUCUUUAGCAUUAUUGCUUUCAUGAGUGUAGUGGGAAUGCCUCUUAGUUGAACCUUCACUACUGGCCUGUUCUUUGCCUUGGUCUUGUAGAUGUGGUCCCUCUUCUUUGAAUCGCCUAUCCCCGGAAGAUCAUAUUUUCCUGUGUCUUACAACUAAUGAAUGUGUUAUUCCUUUUCAUUAAGAAAUCUAGCAAUGGAGUGUGCCGGAAAUGAAGACUUUGGGAGGUUUCUGAUGUUUUAUAGUCUGCCACCGACUCUGUUACAUGUGCCAUUAAUGGCUUACCUGCCUCCUAUUUUGUCACGCCAUUUAUUCCAUUUAUUGCAGUUAGUUUGUAUGGUUCUUGGUUUCACGAGUUGGUUGGGGUGUUGGUCCCCUUUACUGUUACUUUAUCAGAAAAUUUCUACUCCGAAUUUAUUUAUUUAGGUCUGAUAGAUGAAAACCUCCGUUGCUGUUGCAUAUCAACAUCAUUUAAAUUUGUUUGAUAUAGAAAGCCUUUGUAAAUGGGCAAGGCCUGUGGAUGACUAUUACUUUGUGAGCUGAAGAGAGUGUUGUCGCCCGCAUCUCUUGUUUCCUAGGCGAGCCUGGCAGCUUGUUCUGAUUUGUCUCUGCUCUGGGAAGUUCUCUCUGUUAGAUUACUUGGGUAGCUGGUGAAUUUUUGUACUCUCUCUGCUUUGGGAAGUUUUCGUUGUUAGAUUACUUGGGUCGCUGGAGAAUUUUUGUACUCUUCUCUCUCUCACCGACACACACCCACACACAGUUCCACUGUUCACCUUCCUUUUUUCACUGUAGUUCUGAGAUUGUAGAGAACCUCCCCCACCCCUUCUUCCCCAAUUGAGUUCAGGCGAAUUAGGCUUUAUACCCAAUCCUUGACCCCAGAGAAAGCUCAGAGCUUGCCUCUUUUUGGAAAGGGGGGGGGUAUAUUUGAUUGGGGAUGGAAGCCAGAGAAAUUAAGUCUCCUCCUAUACAUAUUCCAGAGACGCCACCAAUCUUGGGCGACAAUACUGAUUCAUGUCGUAAAAAGAAGCUCGAAAUUUAUUUCUUAGAAAGCGAUGAGAGGAGGACGGCAAUUGGGGGUGGCUAUGUGGGAGGAACAGGAACUACCCCAGUUAAUAUCCGUGGGAAACCCAUUACUGAUAUAUCAAGAACAGGGGGAUGGAUUGCUGCCUUUUUCAUUUUCGGGAAUGAAAUGGCAGAGAGAAUGGCUUAUUUUGGACUUUCGGUUAACAUGGUGGCCUUUAUGUUCUAUGUAAUGCAUCGACCCUUCAAUAGUUCCGCAAAUGCGGUUAACAUUUUCCUGGGGAUAUCACAGGCUUCAUCUGUGCUAGGUGGAUUUCUUGCUGAUGCAUAUCUUGGACGAUAUUGGACCAUUGCUAUCUUCACGACAAUCUAUCUGGCUGGUCUGACGGGAAUAACCUUGUGUGCUACUGUGAAUAUAUUGGUGCCAAACCAAGAUCAGUGUGAUCAGCUAUCCCUACUCUUGGGCAAUUGUGAACCAGCAAAACCAUGGCAAAUGCUGUACCUCUAUGUAGCUCUAUACGUCACAGGAUUUGGGGCGGCUGGUAUUCGGCCCUGUGUUUCCUCAUUUGGAGCUGAUCAGUUUGAUGAAAGGAGCAGAGACUACAAGUCUCACCUGGACAGAUUUUUCAAUUUCUUCUAUCUGUCUGUCACCGUUGGGGCAAUUGUGGCUUUCACCAUGGUAGUCUAUAUCCAAAGGAAACAUGGAUGGGGAUCUGCUUUUGGUUCAUUAGCCAUAGCUAUGGGCAUAUCAAAUACUGUCUUUUUUAUUGGUACUCCUUUGUACAGGCAUAGGUUGCCCGGGGGUAGCCCUUUGACACGGGUAGCCCAGGUCCUGGUUGCAGCAUUUCGAAAGAGAAAUGCUUCUUUCUCUACCAGUGAGUUUGUAGGCCUGUAUGAGGUUCCAGGCAUACGAUCUGCUGUAAAGGGUAGUGGAAAGAUAGCCCACACUGAUGAGUUUAGGUUCUUGGACAAGGCAGCACUGCAGUUGAAAGAAGAUGGCCCAAAUCCCAGUCCUUGGAGACUCUGCACUGUUACACAAGUGGAGGAGGUCAAGAUACUACUAAAAUUGAUUCCAAUACCAACCUGCACUAUAGUUCUCAGUCUAAUCCUAACGGAAUAUCUGACACUAUCAGUCCAACAGGCAUAUACCUUGAAUACUCACAUGGGACAUCUGAAGCUCCCAGUCACAUGUAUGCCUGUAUUUCCAGGGCUCAGCAUAUUUCUUAUCCUCGCUUUAUACUAUUCAAUUUUUGUCCCUCUGUCCCGCCGCAUCACUGGUCAUCCUCAUGGUGCCUCUCAGCUUCAGAGGGUGGGCAUUGGGUUGGCAAUCUCAAUUCUAUCUGUGGCAUGGGCUGCGGUUUUUGAGAGUUGCAGGAGAAGCUACGCAAUCAAACAUGGCUAUGAGGAAAUUUUCCUAACUGCAAUGCCCAACUUAAGUGCAUAUUGGCUAUUGAUCCAGUACUGCCUGAUUGGCAUAGCAGAAGUAUUUUGCAUCGUGGGUCUUCUAGAAUUCCUUUAUCAAGAGGCCCCGGAUGCCAUGAGAAGUAUAGGAUCGGCAUAUGCUGCUGUUGCGGGUGGUUUUGGCUGCUUUGCAGCCUCUAUUUUGAACAGUAUCAUCAAUUCAGUCACAGGGAAUGUGAAAGAUGGGCAACCAUCAUGGUUGUCUCAGAACAUAAAUACUGGUAGAUUUGAUUACUUCUACUGGCUUCUUACAAUUCUAAGUGUGAUAAACUUCUGCGGUUUUCUAUAUUUAGCCAGAAGGUACAAUUACAGGGCAACUAGGAGUUGAAGGUGGAGGAGCAACUUGGAUGGUGGCUUGAUUGUUAUGCUUCAAGUAACCAAGUUGGGUUAAAUUAUCCAUGUUGUAGUUUUUCGUGGUUAAUGAUCAAGUGUUAAAAGAGGUGAUGGCUGUUGGACCUAAACUCUUUGUAAUCUUUCAUGUUCGAUGAUCUAAACCUCUAUGAUUAGGCAUAUAAACAUUGACAAUGCUAAGCAGGUUUUGCAAGA